AGCUGCAUUAUUGGCUCGCAGCAGGAAUGGCGCCGACCUCCAAGGUCGGCCCCUCUCUGUCUCCGGUGGUCGUCUUCCUCCUCGGGGCGGCCUCGGCCACCGCGCUGGUCGUCUUCUUCGUCACCUCGGCGGCGAGGCCCGCGUGGCCCGCGCUGGAGGCCGGAGCCCAGAGAAGAGGGGAGGUGCCCGGCUCGGCUACCGUGCGUUGCAGCACUCCACGGGCAAACGGCACGGCCGGAGCAGAGCAGCACGCCGGAGUGACAGCUCCUCCGGCUAAUGAUGAGACCGGCGCCGACGACGGCGAGGCGGAGUUCGCGCGGAUGCUGCGGCGAGCGGCGAUGGAGGACCGGACGGUGAUCAUGACGUCGGUGAACGAGGCGUGGGCGGCGCCGGGGUCGCUGCUGGACUCGUUCCUGGAGAGCUUCCGCGUGGGCGAGAACGUCUCGCACUUCGUGAAGCACAUCGUGGUGGUGGCCAUGGACGAGGGCGCGUUCCGGCGGUGCCGCGCCGUGCACCCGCACUGCCACCUCCUCCGGCCGGAGAAGGAGGGCCUGGACCUCUCCGGCGCCAAGAGCUACAUGACCAAGGACUACCUCGACCUCGUCUGGAGCAAGCUCAAGCUGCAGCAGCGCAUCCUCGAACUCGGCUACAACCUCCUCUUCACGGACGUUGACGUGGCGUGGUUCCGGAACCCGCUGGUGCACAUCACGAUGGCGGCGGACAUCACGACGUCGAGCGACUUCUACUUCGGCGACCCGGACGACCUGGGCAACUUCCCCAACACGGGCUUCAUCUACUUCAAGUCGACGCCCCGGAACGCCCGCGCCAUGGCCUACUGGCACGCGGCGCGGCGGCGGUUCCCGGAGAACCACGACCAGUUCGUGUUCAAUGAGAUCAAGCGGGAGCUCGCCGGCGAGCUCGGCGUCCGGAUCCGGUUCAUCGACGCGGCGACCGUCAGCGGGUUCUGCCAGCUGGGGCGGGACCUGAACCGGAUCGCCACCGUGCACAUGACCUGCUGCAUCGGGCUGGAGAACAAGCUGUUCGACCUCAAGAGGGUGGUCGCGGACUGGAAGCGAUACAUGGCGCACCCGCUGUGGGAGCGCCGGAUGGGGAAGAUCGGGUGGACGUUCGAGGGAGGACGCUGCAUACACUGACGACCGACAAGAAAAGAGUGCGCGCGCGGCUGCCUGUUCAUAUUUCAGAAAUGGUACGGUAUACAUACACCGCACAUUAGGUAAUGUAUGCAUUUGAAUCCUCGGAUACAUGUAUGUAGUACUUGAAUUACAAAGUAUCGUUGCUAGCUCCGUGCCUGGAUUGGCUUGACAUAGUGGAUUUUUCACAUGUGCAUGUGACCACAUGAUCUAUCGCGACCAUUUAUCCUAAA